UCAAUCUGACUACUCAAGGCCAAGGGACGUCUAUUUGAUCAAACUAUACCUAAGACCAGGGAAGCAAACUUAUGUGAGUCCUUUCACAUGCAAAAUGACAAACCACUGGGUCAUUUUAUCAGUCUACAUUGUGACGUUUCUAAUCGGCUUGCCGGCCAAUCUCCUGGCCAUAUGCACGUUCAUAAAGAAACUCGGUGACAAACCCAGUCCGAGUGACAUCCUUCUCCUCAACCUGACGGUGUCCGACUUGGUCUUCCUUUUCUUUCUGCCCUUCAAGAUGUAUGAAGCCGCCGCAGGAAUGCACUGGUACUUACCCCAGAGCCUGUGCUCAAUCACAUCCUUCUUCUUUUUCACCACCAUUUACACCAGCUCCCUGUUGCUCAUGGCUAUAGCUGUGGAUCGCUACUUAGGACUGGCCUUUCCGUUCAAAUACAGACUCAUGCGAAAGCCUCUUUACGCCUCGGUUGGCAGCGUCUUAAUCUGGCUGAUCAGUGCCGGUCAUUGCAGCAUCGUAUUCAUCAUCGUCCAUAUGCCAGAGAACCGCACUGAACCCAAAACCGUCUGCUAUGAGAACUUCACCGAGAAGCAAAAGGAGGUCUUGUUACCAGUUCGUUUUGAGUUUUUUGUGGUUAUUUACAUCCUACCGCUCUUAGUUUGCAUCUUCUGCUAUAUUAACUGCAUCUGUAUCUUGUAUAGCAGGCCUCACAUAGCCAAAGUGAAAAAGCAAAGGGCCAUUGGGAUGGCGUUGUGCACGCUGACCAUCUUUUUACUCUGUUUUCUGCCCUAUAACAUGUCCCAUCUGGUGGGUUUCAGCAGCAACAACAGCCCGCCGUGGAGGUACUACACACUCCUGCCCAGCACGCUCAACACAUGCCUCGAUCCAUUCGUCUUCUACUUCUCAUCCUCCACUUUCCGUGAAAGCGCUACGAUCGCUUUGCUCAAGAAAUGGUGUUUUAGGCAUAAGAAAGAUAAGUGUGAAACUGACCUGAAGAUUAUUUCAAAAUGAACAGCUUUUGCACUUGAAUGUCACUAUUAU